GGCGAGAGCAGGACGAAUGCUGACCAGCCAUGCACAGAAGAACCAAAGGACGAGGAUCAGAGGUAGAUCUUGACCGCCAAGAUCGAGGCAAGCAGCUGCAUACGCGUCUUUGCGCCCCGGAUUCUUGGGUGUCUUCCUGAAAAACUUCGAAACUUGAGUUACUUGACCUCCGCUGCUCACCCUCUUGCUGUCGGGGUCCUGAGUCAAGAUGAGCAUACCAGGCCUGGUGUCUGUGAAGCGGUGCAGGCUUCCAUGGAUCCCAACAGCUGCGACUUUGCUGUCCCUCUUGCACGUUGUGCACCCGUUGACUCUCCCACUCAGUUUGAGCCCCACGCCGAGGCUGUCUGGGCAUGCCCUGCUCCUCAAGAGCACAAGAUCGAUGGCGAACAGAGGGAUGUCUCGCUUGCGAAUGACCAUAACGCAGCCAAGGAAAGAUGAGCCCAACAACUUUCAAGAGAUUGGACUCAUCGGUGCUGCAGCGGUGGUUGGAGCGGGAUCUGGCCUGGCAGUGGUGGCUUUCAAGGAAGGGAUCAAGGCCAUGAGGGGAUGGACUUACCAGGGGUCGUAUGCUCAGCUUGUCCACAAUAUCGGCUCGUUUCUCCCGUCCUCCGGGCUGCCUAACAUGGAGGGUAUCAACCUCGAGUACAUCUGCUUCCCUGUGAUGGGAGGGCUGCUCACCUCGCUCUUCCUCUUGGUCCUCCGCAAGGACUUCGGGCCGGGCCUGACCGGUCAGCUCGAGGAGGUAGACCGAGGCGUUCCCAUCGACCCCGUCAGGUUCCUUGCCCGGCAAGUCUCCGCCGUGGCUGCCCUGGGCUCGGGAUGCUCCCUGGGACCUGAAGGGCCCUCGGUCGAGAUCGGGCUGACGGUGUCAAGAGCAGUCUCCAGCACGCUGGGGCUGGAUGCGUCCCUCAGGAGGAUCCUCGCCUCUGCUGGGGCGGCAGCUGGGGUGGCAGCUGGGUUUAACGCGCCUCUGACGGGCGUCGUGUUUGCACUGGAGAUCGUGCAGCCCACGAUCUCGAAGCAGGAGGAAGGCCUCCCCGACGCGAAGCUCACAACCGCGCAGAGGGCGGCCGCGGGAACCGUCCUGACGUCAGCAGCAAUCGCGUGUCUUGUCGCCCGGUCAGGCAUCAUGGUCUCCGAGCGGUUCAUGGUGAAGGAGUACUUCAUCGUGGACAAAUUCGCGGAGCUGCCGGUGUACAUGACGCUGGGAAUUCUCACAGGGGUGGUGGCGGCGAGCUUCCGUUUCCUCGUCAAUCAGUUCAGAAAGUUCUAUGCGGGAGAGGUUCCAGGGCUAGAGGGGAUGGCUCGAGUCCCGCGGGAGCUGAAGCCUUUGAUAGCUGCUUCCCUGUGUGGGGUGGUGGCGACCAAGUAUCCUCAAGUGCUUUUCUUCGGCUACGAGACGGUGAACAGCUUGCUCGCCGAGUCAGCGACUUACGUUGACGAUACUGAGACGCUCCUGACCCUCAUGGUCCUCAAAGUCACUCUCACCGCGUCCUGCGUGGCCAGCGGGCUCAUGGGAGGAAUCUUCGCUCCUUCCUUGUUCUUCGGAGCGACGCUGGGAGCAGCUUAUGACAACGUGAUGCGAGGAGACUUGGGGUUGGACAUCGCCAGCACGACGAGCUACGCGAUGGUCGGGGCCGCGGCGGUGCUUGCCAGUGUGUUCAGGGCUCCGGUCACAGGGAUCCUCUUGCUCUUUGAGCUCACGCGCAACUAUGACAUCGUAAUGGAGGAGACAGCGAGUGUGGCACAUGAGCUUACAAGCCCACGCAGCAUCGAGUCCUCUCAUCCUCAGCCAACUUGGGCCUGGUGGUGGCAAAAUUCCAACCCUGAGAACAACGGCUCUACAUCGGCGGCCGAGGACCCCGACAUCCUCUGGUCUGCACUCAAGGCAGGAGCGGACGAGGACGACAACAUCAGCUUGAGAAAACUUCUCUCCUCGCUCGAGACGCUGAGGGAGACAGGCAGCAUCGACAAGCACACCCUCGUGGAGAUGAUCCGGAAGCUGGGCUUCGACGAGGAGCACGAGAGCAUCCAGAGCCUGGGCGGGGGGCCUGGCGAGCUGGUGGACGAGGACGAGAUCGAGGACAACCAAGUUGAGCGCAAGUGA